AUGGCGGCUGCAUGUUUGAAAAUCUAAAUGAAAACGGAAAAAUCUUCUUUUCAAAGUCGAGCCAUAGUUAAUUUUAGGAACACUAAGUUUUAUUGUAUGGCGUUGGGCUCCAGUAAUUUCUGAUAGAUAAAAUGGUGAAAGCAGAGGAGAGGAACAGCGUGGCAGACGGCUGGGAAGAAGCGUUUGAGAAAAACCGGUUGGUUCCCCCGUCCAGCCAAACAGUCCGCCAGGCUGAGGAGAACCAUCUCAUCGCUGCUUGCGGCUUCCAGCUCCUCUUCAACAGCCUCACUGCAGCUCACCUCCAGCAGGACCUGACAGCUGAGGAAGAUGUGACCUACCAGCUGAGAGUGACUCUCUUCGACAGAAAGCUGCAGCACUUCUUCGGGAAAACGUGGAAGAGUUUACCCAAAAAAAGGAAAAGCAACAAAAUUUCCUUCAAUGAGGUGCUGUACCUCCAUACAUCCUUGAUGUUGCCCGGCACUCUGGCCAUCGUGGAGUUUGCGUCUUUGUGCCCCAAACCAGACGGCUCCAAUCUGGCUUUGGGGAAAGGCUUCACUAUCCUGGAGCUUUUCACCAACAGGCCAGAGGGUCCAAGCAUCGAUGGUGGCAGAAGGCUGAAUCUGUACCACGGAUCACCCAGAGGCCUCCUCCACCCCUCAUUGAAGGACUCGCUUGACUAUGGCAAUAUUUUGAAGGUAAUUGAUGGAGCACAUUUGGAUUGUGUGGUAAAAACACAUCCUUCCCUGAAUUGUGCAAUGCACCUCCUUCCUGAGAAUGCUCUGGUUUCGGGAAAGGAAAACAUACCUGGGCUCAUCCCUUCUCCAACAGGAGAUUCUCUGCUGAGGCCUCAGCUGCUCAAGAUGACGUCCUUCACCCUGGAUAGACUGACCAUUUCCCUCCAGCCUUCCCUGGAGAAGUUUGAGAGCCUUCUGUUGCAGCUCAUCAAUGCUGACUGCCAAAACACAAAACAACCCGAUCCAGAGGAUGUGCAAAAGACGGUUGUCAUCCAGGAACGGAGGCUUCACGUCGGAGUGCACAACGGCUGGUGUUUCCUUGAUAAGCCCCAAGUGGUGGUCCUGGAGCCCGUUGCUUCAGGGGUCAGAGGACGAACAGACAGCGCCUCUAAGAAGAGCCUGCUGGUCAAGGACAGCUCAGCAACAUCGCCGCGUCCUCAGAUGCUGGGCCUUCGCAGCAGCUUGGAGAUAACACUGGCCAAUAAUCAGGCUUUGGCAAUCGUUUUUCAGCUAGAGUACGUCUUCUCCGCUCCCAUAGGCCGAGAGACUAUGCUGUCUGCUACCUCCACAUCCAGAGCUGCCUUCUUGCAGUGCCUUCGCUGGGGAGUUUGGUGCCCCUUCCAGGACCUAGCUGACUGGAAAGGCAAAGAGGUGAAGCUUGUUCUGCAAGGAGGCGCACAGCCGAACCCCUUUGGAGUGAUGGUCUACAGCACAGAGACAUCUGUCCAAGCUUCUAGCCCAGCGGCAGUUUCUGCUCCAAGCACAGUUCAGGAGAAGGAUCUGAUGAGAUUUUGGCUUCAGUCCAGUGUGGAAAAGAAGCCAUCCAGCCCAAAGGCAUCUCUAAAAACUAAGCAGGAGGAUGUGACACGUGAGAGAGCUUCACCUAUACAAAGUGAAAAACAGGUCCCUUCCUACUCUCUUCUUGAUUCCCCUCAAGGCCCCGGGCUCUCACUGUCUCAGCUGGCAGCUACUUCACGCUACCCGACCAUCAGCCACUCCAGCUCGGCGUUACCGUGGCAACAGUCAUUUCCUUCUCUGCUCCAUCCUUCCCCGUUGGCAUCGGCCCACCAGCUGUCACAUGUCGCCUGUUCGGCUGUCAGCAGCAUCACCCACCUGGAGAUGGACCUUCAGCGGGAAGGAGGAGAGGUUACCGCCAAGGACGUAGAAGGAGACCAACUUCAAGAGCUGCCCUUCACCCCUGUCCAUGCUCCUGUCAUUAAUCUGGGAAUGAAUGUGCCGAGUUCCUGCUCAGUCAGCUCCAGAAGCUCCCUGGCACACCUGUUCUCGGCCGGUUUUCCUGAAAUCAUGGACAGCAGCGGGCAGGUGGCGGAAGUCCUGGACCCGACCGAACCUGUGCCCUUCGAUCCUCAGCGGGAGGAGGCUGACCUCUUACAGGGAAACCUGCUGGUCUUUCAGUUUCUGGCAUUUACCAGGAUACCUUCAGGGGGUGUUGAAAGUGACUGGCCUCGCAACAUCUAUGUUACUUUUCAGUUUUACCGCUUCCCUCCUGUCACUUCCCAGCAACUGAGGCUGGUGACCAGUGAUACGGUUCAGCACAGAGCUAGUGAGGCGCUUCCUUGUGUCUUAGCCACCAUCAACAAAGAUGGAUCUGUUAAUCACGGUUCUCCAGGUCUACAGUUACAGUUCAGAGUUGAUGACGGUUUUUUGAGACCAGGAGAGAAGCAGUGGUUUCUCCGCCAUCUGGCCCUCCACACCAUGCACAUUGACGUCUGGGACAGUGACUCGUUGCUCCUCAUCGGUUCUACGGCCAUCGAGCUCAAGUACCUGCUGCGUCAGGGAAAGUCUGCAGUCCAGGCUCUCCAUGAGCUGGAGGUUUUAACCACCGAUUAUGUGGGUGAGGACACUUUGCUGACUAACGCAGAUCUGGAUCAACGCUCGGCUUCUACUCCAAUGACAGUUUGCACCAUCGUUAGAGGCCGGCUCCACAUACACACGGGCAACAUAGGAUGUCCAGUUGACCGUAGCAAGAAGAGAGAAGUGGACGGGAUUGCAUCUCAUUCUCACAUUAUCAAACCUGCUCCAGUCAGCGGUGGUUUUAAAGGAGGACCUCUGUCACCCAGAAACGCCCUCCAACUCAAUGCGAGAAACGCUGCACACAGGCUGGAUGGAGAUCGGAUGCUGCUGCACAGAGAUAGGGGGACAGCCCAUGACAUCACCACCGAAGCCCCAAACCUGAACAGUGAUAGCAGGUUGCGGAAGCUGGACUGCAUGGCUGCCGUGCGUCAACUGGAGGCUAAACAAAACACCAAAGCAACUGAUGUUACGGAUCUGAAACCAGCGGCUCGUAUCAUCAGAGAACAUCCACCCAACGAUGAGUACAGCAAAGAGGAGGGAAUAGCUAACAUGCUGAGCCAAGCCAUCACCACCCAGCACCUUCUCUAUGCCAGCCUGGGCUCUGCUGAGUACAUGGAGUUUGUCCUAAAGAAUCCCUUCAACGUCCCUAAGACGGUCACCAUCCACACUGAUGACUCCGAGCUCAGUGUCAUCACUGACACAGAGGAGUGGCGUUACUUCAAAGGCCUUACGAAGACCACUACGCCACUGGAGGAGAACAUGUUUCACAUGGAAGAAGGAGCUCCGGGUCCAAAGGUUUAUCUCCGACCCAAAGAAAGUGUCCACAUUCCCCUGAAGUACCAGAGCUUCCUAUGCAACCACACCAUAGCUGUCCAGGGGCCGAGUUUUCUGCCUACAAGCAAAAGUUCCCAGAUGGCCAAGAAGAAUCCGUCCAACAUUAUUAAUGCCAAAAUUAUCAAGGUUACAUUUAGAGCAGAAGAUGGAAAGCCGAUGGCCAUCUGCCAAGUGAAUGUGCAGCCAACACCCCACGUCGUGGACCAGACUUUCCGACUUUACCAUCCUGAACUUUCUUUCCUCAAGAAGGCCAUCCGCCUGCCGCCGUGGCAGGACCCAACAGCUGAGGACCCAAAUUUCUGGACUCAUAUUUCUGUUCGCUGCAGUGACCCUAAUAUCAUCUGCCAGACGAGGAUGCUGGUUCCAGGAGAGCCUCAGGAUGUGUACUUGAAAGUACCAGGGAGUCCUAGUCCACAGAUAAAGAUGUUCUUUGUGAUGAUAUUCACUGAUAAGUGGAUGGCAGCGCCUUCUCAGAUCUGGCAGGUUUAUGUCCAUUUUCUGGAGCGGGUGGACGUCAGCUGUGUGACUGGCCAGAGAAGCUGUCAAUCACUGGUUCUGAGGGGAAAACAGGCUGUUCGCAAGAUCAAAUGUUUCUCAUCACACCCCAGUGAAAUUGAGGUGGACCCAGCCGGUGUGUUUGUUUUGCCUCCUGCAGCUGUGCAGGAGCUCCAACUAAGUGUCCAACCAUGGCAGGCCGGCAGCCGCUUCCUGUAUGUGAACGCUGUAGACAUGGAGCAGCAGCGGCUGGUUGCUGCCUGGCUGCUGUGUCUCAAUGUCCACCGUCCUGUACUGUCAAAGGCAUUCGAAGUGUCCGUUCCAGUUGGUAAUGGGCGUGGCAGCUCCAAAAAAAUCACUUACACCAACCCUUACACCAGCACACGGACAUUUCUGCUCCGCUCCGACCAUCCCGACCUGCUCCAGUUCAGAGAGGAUAAGUUCCAGGUGAGAUAA